CAUGGCCAGUCAGAUAGACCCCAUCAUGAUCACUUAGGUAGAUUCCAGCAUGACCAUGCAGGCAGACCCUAUCUUGACCACUUAGAUAGACCCCAUCUUGACCACUUAGAUAGACCCCAUCAUGAUGACUCAGAUAGACCACAUCAAGACCACGCAUAUAGACCCCAUCUUGUCCACAUAAGAAGAGCUCAUCUUAGCCAUGCAAGGCUAGCUCACCGUGGCCAGAGAGGGAGAGAUCAUCUUAGUCACACAGGACUGGCUCUUCCCAACUAUGCAGACAGAGCUCAUCUUAGCCACAGAGGGAGAGCUCAUUGUGGCCAAAGAGGAAGAGCUUGUUCUAGCCAUACAGGGCUAAUUCGUCACAAUCAUACUGAGAGAGUUAAUAAUGACCACUUAAGGAGACUUCAUCGAGGCCGUGUAGGGAGAGCUCAUAACAACAAUACAUGGAGAUCUCGCAGAAAUGAAGAGAGGUACUGUGGUCAGAGAGGAAGAUUUGGAAGAAACCAAACAUCACCAGAAUCUGACCCUGAAAUUGACAGAACUUCUACAAUAAGAGAACAGACUGAAUACUUACUGGCUCAGGAACGGCAGAGAAAUGAGAUAAUUAAUCUGAAUGGAGGG